UGUUUAUUAGUAGAAAUUGAAUAUAAAUACUUACUCCAAUGAUGUUCAUGCCUUCUCCAUUCUUUAAUCUGAGUAACAGAAUCAGUAGGGGUGUGCGCAAGUUAGCAACGAUGAGUUUGACGUCUCAUUCUUCUACUUUCCUCUUACCAAAUCUUCCCGCCGACGACGGACCUGCUCUAACGUACGCUCUCGUUAUCCUUAACCAAAGCCUCCCGAAAUUCACUCCUCUGCUUUGGAAGCACGCAAAGGUUCAUAUUUGUGCUGACGGUGGAGCGAAUAGGGUGUUUGAUGAAUUGCCUGGCAUGUUUCCUCAUGAGGAGGCUUCUGAAAUUCGUAAAAGGUACAAGCCAUAUGCUAUAAAAGGAGAUAUGGAUUCAAUCAGAACUGAUGUUCUUGAUUAUUAUAGAGGCCUGGGAACCAAGAUAAUUGAUGAAUCUCAAGAUCAAGAUACUACAGAUCUUAAUAAAUGCGUUACAUAUAUUCGUGACUCACUAAACUCGGAACAUCCAAAUUUGUGUAUUCUAGUCACUGGAGCACUUGGGGGAAGAUUUGACCAUGAGAUGGGAAAUAUUAAUGUCAUAUGCUGUUUCCCCUCCAUGCGGAUUAUUCUUCUCUCUGAUGAUAGUCUAAUCCAACUUCUUCCAAGUAAGCAUCAUCACAAGAUUCAUAUACAAUCCUUAGUUGAGGGCCCACAUUGCGGACUCAUACCCAUUGGAACGGUUGCCGGAAGAACCAGUACUACGGGUCUCCAAUGGAAUCUGGAUAAUACCGAAAUGAGAUUUGGUGGCUUAGUUAGUACAUCAAAUAUCGUGAAAGAAAAUAUAGUUACAGUGCAAUCUGAUUCGGACCUCCUAUGGACAAUUUCUAUCAAAAAAGAUUGAACGAUGCAGUUUUUGCAGAUGAAAUGAUUGAGAGACAAUCAACGAAACUUUGUUGGAUGCUAAGCUCCAUUUUCUGAAACAAUGGGGUUAUUCUUUACUACUUUUUUUCUAUAGGAAAAAAGCAUCCUUUUAGUCUAUCUUUGUGAGGCACAAGCAGAUCUAUUUGACAUCAGGUGCCUGCAUUGCAGUAAAGGAAAAAAAAUAACACAGGGGCUAAGAGUGAGAGUAAGCUCAUUGCGGGUUAACUUUGAUCGUCAACUUCUGCUUAUGUGCUGUAGGAAUUUAGUAGCACGUUUUCUAAUGUUUUGCAUACGUUAUUCUUUAUCCAAUGGAAUGAAAUAAGGAGAUUUUACUAUUAAUUUGAAUUAUUAGAUAGCAUUUUAUUUAUACUUCCACUGACAAAAGUUUUAACAUUUCGCAGUGA